CUGCCUCCCGUCCUACUGAGCUGCUCUUCCGUCGGGGGGGACCUCGCCAGGCUCUCCAAACCCUUGGAGCCCGCAGAAACGCUCCGUGCCCCGAGCUGUCACCAGCGCCGCCUCCCAGGCCCCGGACGCGAUGCAGGCCAUCAAGUGCGUGGUGGUGGGAGAUGGAGCCGUGGGCAAGACCUGCCUUCUUAUCAGCUAUACCACCAACGCCUUCCCUGGAGAGUACAUCCCCACCGUGUUCGACAACUAUUCAGCCAAUGUGAUGGUGGACAGCAAGCCCGUGAACCUGGGGCUGUGGGACACCGCGGGGCAGGAGGACUAUGACCGCCUCCGGCCGCUCUCCUACCCACAGACGGACGUCUUUCUCAUCUGCUUCUCCCUUGUGAGCCCUGCCUCCUACGAGAAUGUCCGUGCCAAGUGGUUCCCUGAGGUGCGGCACCACUGCCCCAGCACGCCCAUCAUCCUGGUGGGCACCAAGCUGGAUCUGCGGGACGACAAGGACACCAUCGAGAGGCUGAAGGAGAAGAAGCUGGCGCCUAUUACCUACCCGCAGGGCCUGGCACUGGCCAAGGAGAUCGACUCGGUCAAAUACCUGGAGUGCUCAGCCCUCACCCAGCGAGGCCUGAAAACCGUCUUCGAUGAGGCGAUCCGGGCCGUCCUGUGCCCCCAGCCCACGCGGCCACAGAAGCGCCCCUGCAGCAUCCUUUAGGGUUGCACCCAGCCCUCCCAGCCAGAUGGUUCUGACCUCCAGGGCCCUCCCAUAAAGCCCAAUGGCACCCCGGCUGGCCACGCUGUCCCCUCCCCGCCCGUGGUGUUUCCUAGCAGAGGGCUGCAGAGCUUGGUUGAUGGGCUUCUCUGGGCUGGGGGGCCCCUGGGGCUGGAAGGGUGUGAAUUCGCAGGCUCUGUUCCCAACCCCUGCUGCUCCUGCCCUCCUCCCCCCUCCCCGGGGCCAGAGGGGAGCCCCCUUUGCAUUAGUGCUGUUCGUGCCCGCUGCCACACAAUGGCAGCGUCUACCCCUUUGCCCCAGUCCCACCCGACGCCUGAAUCCCCUCUGGAAAUUUCGGGCCAGAUUGUCGCCAGUAUGCCUUCAAGGACGGGUCUCUCGCUCCCUCCUGAGGCCGGCUACUACUCCAAUAUUGGUGGUCUUGCUUGUCUGAAAGUUCUCCUUCUCCUGAGCCAAAGUGAGUGUCUCAGAAGUUUGCUCCUCUGGUCUGAGCGCUCUUGUUUGGGACAACAUGAAAUAAACCAAAUUCUCUGACUGUAGGCGGGUACCUGCAACCGCCCGUCAAAACCCUGGGUCCCGCGGACUCCUGCCACCCCUCGAGGCUUUCUCCACCGCUCACAGGACCUUGAGCUACAUUUGCCCGUAGGAGUCUUAAAACUUUCAGACGCUGCCAGCCAGGACUUUUGCUAUUGCAAAUGGAAAACCUAAUUCAACCUGCUUAAGCAGAAAAUAAAUUUACUGAUUCAAAUUUGGAAAGAUCGUGUCUUCAGGUGCAGCUUGAUCAAGGAGGGAGGGGGAGGCUCAAAUUAUGUCAUCAGGGCUUGCUUUCCUGUACCUCUUUGCUCUGCCUCCUGCUGUCUGGUUCAUUUUCUGGCAGGUGUCUCUCAAGAGCAUUCUUCCGGGUUCAAGUUGGGCAAAAAACCCCAAAACAAAACAAAAAAAACA